UACCCGGGUUGUGCGGGCCGGGGAGAAGGACCUGCAGGGGCCCUGGCCCUGUUGUGACUGAGCUGCAGGCGUCCCCGGGGGCUGCCCUGCUGGAGGUGACGCAGCCCUGUUCUCGCCCCGCUGCCGCUGGCUCAGGACACCUCACAGAGCAGGCAAGGGGCUCGGCGAGCCGGGGGCACUGCCAGAUCCCUCUGAAAAAACGCGCUGGCCAUGCCCUCAGGGAGUUGUGGGCCUGCUCGGUUUUCAGCUCCGUCAGUGGGAUGGGACUGGCCCUGCAGAGGCCGAAUGCUAAGGCAGCACCAGCUCCUUCACGCUGAGGAUGACCAAGGUCACCUGCAAAUGACCCAGCACCACAGUCUUUCCUUUUGUCAAACGAAAAUAGCAGAAGACCCAGACGGCCCUGUGAGGGGUGCGAUCAGAGGACGCCCCGGAGAUGGGGAGAGAAAGCAGGUGGUGAGUCCCCACUGUGCUCAAGCCCACCUGGAACAGACUCCGGGGGCAUCCUCACCACCUGCUUCUCUGUGCUGUGACAAACCAUCCAGACCUGCAGGGCUGAGCCCCGCCAUGGAGGACGGCCGCGAGCUGGACCUCACCUACAUCACCGAGCGCAUCAUCGCCGUGUCCUUCCCCGCGGGCUGCUCCGAGGAGUCGUACCUGCACAGCCUGCAGGAGGUGACGCGCAUGCUGCGGUCCAAGCACGGGGACAACUACUUGGUGUUAAACCUUUCCGAAAAGAGAUAUGACCUCACAAAGCUUAACCCAAAGAUUCUGGACGUGGGCUGGCCAGAGCUGCACGCACCCCCCCUGGAUAAGGUGUGUACCAUCUGCAAGGCGCAGGAGGCCUGGCUGAACAACGACCCCCAGCACGUGGUCGUCAUUCACUGCAGGGGCGGAAAGGGACGCAUCGGCGUGGUCAUAUCAUCUUACAUGCACUUCACCAACGUCUCGGCCAGUGCUGACCAAGCCCUCGACAGAUUUGCAAUGAAGAAAUUUUAUGAUGAUAAACUCUCAGCUUUAAUGCAGCCGUCCCAGAAACGGUACGUGCACUUCCUCAGCGGGCUCCUGUCGGGAACGGUGAAGAUGAACGCCUCGCCCCUGUUCCUGCACUUCGUCAUCCUGCACGGGACCCCCAACUUCGACUCUGGCGGAGCGUGCCGGCCCUUUCUCAAGCUCUACCAAGCCAUGCAGCCUAUGUACACGUCGGGGAUCUACAACGUCGGCCCAGAGAACCAAAGCAGGAUCUAUAUCGCCAUAGAGCCAGCCCAGCUUCUGAAAGGGGACAUCAUGGUGAAGUGCUACCACAAGAAGUACCGCUCGGCCACCCGAGACGUCAUUUUCCGCCUGCAGUUUCACACCGGGGCUGUUCAGGGCUAUGGACUUGUGUUUGCAAAGGAGGAUUUGGACAACGCCAGCAAAGAUGACCGUUUUCCUGAUAAUGGGAAGAUUGAGUUGGUCUUCUCAGCCACUCCUGAGAAGAUUCAAGGGUGUGAACAUUUGCAAAACGACCACGGGGUGAUUGUGGACUUCAACACGGCAGACCCGCUGAUCCGCUGGGACUCGUACGAGAACCUGAGUGCAGACGGUGAAGUGCUGCACACGCAGGGCCCUGUCGACGGCAGCCUUUACGCCAAGGUGAGAAAGAAGAGCGCCUCGGAUCCCAGUGUCCCAGGUGGGUCCCCCACUGUCCCGGCCGCCAGCAGCCCAGACCACAGCGACCACACCCUGUCUGUCAGCAGUGACUCGGGCCACUCCACGGCCUCGGUGAGGACCGACAGGACCGAGGAGCGUCUGGCUCCAGGACCCAAGAGGGGCCUGAGCCCCCAAGAAAAGGCUGAGCUGGAUCAGCUGCUCAGUGGCUUUGGUCUCGAAGACUCUGGAAGCCCCCUCAAGGACAUGAGUGAUGCUUGCAGCAAGUACAGCGGGACCCGCCAUGUCGUACCGGCCCAGGUGCACGUGAACGGAGACAGCACCCCCAAGGACCGAGAGACGGACAUCCUGGACGACGAGAUGCCCAGCCACGACCUGCACAGUGUGGACAGCAUCGGGACCCUCUCCUCCUCCGAGGGCCACCAGUCCGCCCACCUGGGCCCCUUCACCUGCCACCAGAGCAGCCAGAACUCCCUCCUGUCUGAUGGCUUCAGCAGCACCGCCGGCGAAGAUCAGCACGGCGCUCUGGCCCCAGAUCUGGGCCUCGCCGUGGAGCCCCCGUACGAGCGGGAACAGGCUUUCGGGAGCCGCGAGCCCAAGCAGCCGCAGCCUGCGCUCAGGAAGCCCUCCGUGCCCGCCCAGACGCAGGCCUACGGGCAGAGCAGCUACUCCACGCAGACCUGGGUGCGCCAGCAGCAGAUGGUGGCCGCUCUGCAGUACAGCUUCGCCCCCGACGGGGAGGCCAGGCUCGGCGGCCGCGGCACAGCUGACGGUUCCGGCCUGGCGCAGGCCCAGCCCAGGGUCCCGCUCACCCCUACCCGGGGGGCCAGCAGCAGAGUGGCCGUCCAGAGGGGCGUAGGCCCCGGGCCACAUCCCCCUGACACGCAGAGACCCCCUCCCGGCAAAGCAGCGUUCACACCCAGGGUUCCAGAUGUCAGAGUCGUGAACGGGAGCGGCCCGGCGCUGAGCGCAGACCCCUCCCCUGGCUCACCCACCCUGGACAUCGACCAGUCCAUCGAGCAGCUCAACAGGCUGAUCUUGGAGCUGGACCCCACCUUUGAGCCCAUCCCCACCCACAUGAACAUAUCAGGCAGCCAGGCCAGCGGCCCCGCGGCCCCAGACGCUGUGGCAGGUGGGCUGCGGGCGAGUGGCCGCCUGCAGGACACGGCAGAAGGCCCUGGCAGGGCCCCCGCGAGGCAAGGUGACGAGCCACUGGGCGGAAGAUUCCGGAAGCUGAGCCUCGAGCAGUAUGACAACGAUGCUGGGCAGCAGGCAGCCUUCUCCAAGUGCGGCUGGGGAAAGACCACCAGUGCGGAACAGGCCCCAAGCCUGGCGCCUUUCCUCUCUUCAGACAGCGCCAAAGAGGCGGUGAUCACCACGUAUCCCUCAGACCUGGGUGUGAUCGACGGCAGGAUCUUCUCUCCAACCAUCAGUGGCAGUGAGUCCAUCUCUCCCACACCAGCAUUUCCUGUGUCUCCAGAAACGCCAUAUGUGACAAGAAGCCCACGUUAUCCUCCGUUCAGCCCAUCCGGGCCGCAGAUGGGCAGCCCCAGCGGUCUGUACAAAGGAGCUCCUGAACCACGAGGCUGCCCUGAGAUUCUCGGUCACUCCGUGGGGAUGUCAGAGAGCCCUGUUGGACCCAAACCUGCGAUGCUCCGGGCCGACAUGCCCACGGCGCCCUCCUUCCAGCGGGCGUUCACAUCCUCCUGCACCAUUUCUGGCCACAGCCCCAGCCAGCGGAGGGGGAGCCCUUCCUCGGCCGAGCACCAGUGGGUGGAGACCAGCCCCAAGUCCACGCUGACCCUGCUGGGGAGCAGCCGGCCCGGCAAGGACGGCCCCGGGCGGCCCCGCUUCCCGCCGGCCGAGCUGCAGACGUCCUUCCACGGCCCCGAGCUGUCCCUGGCGGAGCCGCCGGAAGCUCUGGGCCCCCCGGGCAACCAGGCCUUCCUGAGCUUCGGCUCUGCCCCCGAAGGAGGUGGGCUCCCCCCCGGCGAGGACCCGGGGGCCUUGCUGGCCAAUUCCCACGGAACGUCCCAGGCCCCCGGCACCCCGCGGACAGCAGCUGAGGCUGCCGACAGCGGCUUCCUGUCCCACAGCUUUCUCACGGUGGCACCUGGACAAAGCAGCCACCACAGCCCCGUCGUGCAGGGCCCGGGGCUGAGCCUGCCCGGGCAGCCGCCCCUUCCCGAGAAGAAGCGGGCCUCGGAGGGAGACCGUUCUUUCGGCUCGGUGUCCCCGUCCUCCAGCGGCUUCUCCAGCCCUCACAGCGGGAGCACCAUGAGCAUCCCUUUCCCAAACAUCCUCCCGGACUUUUCCAAGGCCGCCGAGGGAGCAGCGCCUUCCCCAGAUAAUCCAGGUGAUAAGCACGUGUCCGUGAACUUUGUCCAAGACACAUCCAAGUUCUGGUACAAGGCAGAUAUCUCCAGAGAGCAAGCCAUCGCUAUGCUGAAGGACAAGGAACCCGGGUCAUUUAUCGUCAGGGACAGCCACUCCUUCCGAGGCGCCUAUGGCCUGGCCAUGAAGGUGGCCACGCCCCCGCCCUCCGUCUUGCAGCUGAACAAGAAAGCUGGAGAUUUGGCCAAUGAACUCGUUCGGCAUUUUUUGAUCGAGUGCACCCCGAAAGGGGUGCGGUUGAAAGGGUGCUCCAAUGAACCGUAUUUUGGGAGCCUGACGGCUUUGGUGUGUCAGCAUUCCAUCACGCCCUUGGCUUUGCCCUGCAAACUGCUCAUUCCGGAUAGAGACCCGUUGGAGGAAAGAGCCGAAAGUUCUCCGCAAACGGCGGCCAACUCUGCGGCCGAGCUCCUGAAGCAGGGGGCAGCUUGCAACGUGUGGUACCUGAACUCCGUGGAGAUGGAGUCCCUCACGGGCCACCAAGCCAUCCAGAAGGCCCUGAGCAUCACCCUGGUCCAGGAGCCGCCUCCUUUGUCCACGGUCGUGCAUUUCAAGGUGUCGGCCCAGGGCAUCACCCUGACGGACAACCAGAGGAAGCUCUUCUUUCGGAGGCACUACCCCGUGAGCAGCGUGAUCUUCUGUGCGUUGGAUCCACAAGACAGGAAGUGGAUCACAGACGGCCCUUGCUCAAGAGUCUUUGGGUUUGUGGCCCGGAAGCAGGGCAGCGCCACAGACAACGUGUGCCACCUGUUUGCAGAGCAUGACCCCGAGCAGCCGGCCAGCGCCAUCGUCAACUUCGUGUCCAAGGUCAUGAUCGGCUCCCCUAAGAAGAUUUGAGCCCCCACAUCCUGGAGACUCCAGAAGGGCCUAUGUGACCCUGACGUUCCAGGCCCAGGAGGGAAAGGGGCUCCUCCAACCUUACAGACAAACAACCCUGCCACCAGCUGGCCUUAGCUGAGAGCCACUGCUCACGGACGCGUUUCUGUAGCCCAGUGCUUUACAGGUGGAGGAAGUUGGGCGUCGGGUGUGCCCGCCCGGUCCCCAUGCAGGAAAGGACCAUGCAAGGAGACGUGGGGACCCGUGUUCCGCGAACUCUGGUGUUUGUGGGAAGGAGGGGAGCCCGGCCCGCUCCUCAGUGGCCCUGAGUGACCGGCGGUGCCUCGCCACUGCCAUGUCUGAGGGCUCCUGUCCAGCGGGCACCUCAGGGCCGCUGUCCUCCCACGACGGAGGUGCCGGUUAACCCGAGAAGGGGAAGCGUGUUGGAUGAAGGUUCAUGCGGGUCAGGCUCUCGUGGGGCACUGGGGCAUCGCGGACAAGGGGACGACGUGAUGGGCGGGGAGGACGAGGGAGGUCAUGAGGUCACUGUGAGGCCAGAGCCUGAGCGUGGGGACGGCUCCCCACCUCUGCUCACGUACCUCGUCUGAAUGGCACCCUGGGCCGUGAGAGGGGAAAGUGAGAAGACUGGAGUAAAACCCCAUUUCCAUGUAAUUUAUAUUUUACUUAACGCCAAGUUAUUUAUGAUAACAGUUUGCCAUUGCUGUGCUGUACUGGUGUCCAAAUGCUGCCGCCUGCCGAGCCGGGGCUCUGGGAGGAGCAUCUGUCCCCGUGUCGGAUGCACCAAGACGGGUGCUGCGGACUCUGCUGGCCGCUCCCUGGGCCGUCGUGGCCUGCGGGCGGCUGCGGAAAGCUGGCUUUGCCUCAAGCAGCCUUCCCGAGCGCUUGACCAUCCAUGUGUCAUUUCCAGGCUGUGGAUACAUCCUUGCUGGGUGGGGGGAUGUCCUGAGGGGUGGGACCCGCUUACUUGGAGACUCAGCCCUCCUCCACAUCGCUGUUCUCGGCCAUCCGGGGGCCUGGGAGAGAUCAUCCCGAGGACCACGGACCCGAGGGAGCACUUGUCUGUCUCCACCCCGCCUGUUGGCUCCUGUUGGGAUCCGUGUGUCCUGGCUUCCGAGCACCGGGAGGAUGAGGGGGGGGGUCUCAGUCCUCCCACGCUGUUUUUCGGCUCUUCUGCAUCACCUUAGCCACCUAAUCAGCUGUGCUCCUUACGCUGAUGUGCAUAUUGCAGAGCCGUGGUCUGUCCACCUGAAUCCGCCAGUGGUCAGAGGUUUGGGAGGAGAAGCCAAUGGUCCUGCAAGAUCCCAGAGCAAGAGGCCCCGGUCUCCUUCCCCAUCACCCAAGACACUUGCACCAUGGCUCUCCAUCCCCCGUGAACUGCCCGUGUCCUCCGCUUCCCAGAUCAAGCACCAGCUCUUCAAACACCAGGAAUCACUGUGGCGGUCACCACACUGGCGUUUGGAAGUGUGCUUUGUGGAUUCUCUGUUUUCAAGUGGGGCAGAGACAGACUCGGCGACAGCAGAGGUGGGAUUGGCCGAAUCGCAGUGGGCAUCGUACGUGUGUAUGAGUGUGAGUGUGUGUGUGAAAGCAGGUGGGUGGGUCCACUGUUUAGCUCCUAUUGAUGCACCAACACAAGUGCCUCAUUUCUGUGCCAAAUGUUUGCCUUGGUCCUCGCGGACCCUCUUCCCUGACGCAGGAAGAAUGUGCCGGCAUCUUCCAGAGGCCUGAUGCCUUGGUACCCGGGGUUGGGGGUGUCUAGCAUUUCCGUUUUUCAUUAACGCCAGAACUCAGCCAAGGGGAGCAGAGGUUUCUGCUGUCCCCCAGAGGGGCCUCCUCCUGAGAUGCUUGUCCCCAGAUUUGACCCAGGGACCGCAGGCCAGGUCCCUUAUCCUUCUGACGAAGGAUGAGAGGGCUCCUGUAGAAAUCGGAGCAAGAGAGGGGUGCGGGGCUGAGAGACAUCGACGACCCCAAUCACAGAGGCCGUCCUCGUCCAGAGCAUGCAAGCCACGACAUUUGCUUUUUAAACCGACUGGCAGCUGAGACUUUUACUCUCAGUAGUCAAGGGCAUCAGCAGGUGUCCUCCCAGCAAAUGGCUCCCUCUGAGGUGGAACGAAAGGAAGCCAAUUCCCUGUCUUCUGAGGAGCUGGUACGACAGUGUGUUACAUAUGCAUGAAAUGGAACAAGACGAGUCCAUGAACUUCGUGCUCAGACCUCAGGCAGCCCCACCGCCAACACUGACUCUGGGGCAGGUGGGGAAGGAACAUCCCCAGGCAUCUGGCUUCUGGGGUGCGCGUGGGCACAGGGGUACUGUCCUGGGGCAUGCACGAGGACUGCACCCCACAGGUGUCCUAGCCAGGGCCUGUUUACCUGCUCAUUAACCUAUGCUGUAUUCCUCCAGUGUUAACCUAUAACUGUGUUAAGUCACACCGCAUUUAAGGGUCUCCGUGUGUAUCCUCGGCAUCAAAGACCUCAUCGUGUCUCCUUAUCUGCCUUACCUAGUAGUGGAUAUUUUUACUUUUCUUAUAUUGUAAAGAAUAUAUCCCGUAUGUAAAUGAAUGUUCUAUAAAUCCUUUGUAUAGUCAUUUUCUUUGCUCUUUAAAUAUCAUCUCUAUUCAGAGUAUAAUAAAAGUAUAAACUUGGUAA